CCCCCCCUACGCAAGAUGGCGUCGUUGGCUUCAUUACUCUCCCCCCGCCACGCACGAUCGCUAUUAAAGAAGUCUCUGCUUCUCCCUCGUGAAAACGAGAGAGUGUGAGUGAGUGUGUUUUUUUACAGGUUAAUUAUUAAACAGCCUUUUAGAAAACUUGCUAGGCGGUGGUGUUUUUUUCCUUCUCCCAUAUAUAACGAAACAAAAAUCAGCGUUCGUCAAUUCUCCGCGUUUUGUUUAACCCAACGGCAACCUUUGUGCGAAGGUGAAUUUUUUUUUAAAAAAAAAUGAAUAAUGCGACACUUUGCUUCGUUUCCGACGCGAUGCGGUGGUGUGUGCCCGUGUGGGGAAGAGAUGAACGCUGAUGAAUGAUCGUCUUAGCAAUGAAAUAAACAUUGACGAAGGGAAGCUGACUCGAAGUUCCAUUGACACAAAGAGCAAUGCUGGCACCUGAGGCCCCCAGACGGGGCUGGACCCAUCACCACUUUUGUGUCUUCCUACUCACCUUCUUUAGCUAUGCGUUUUUCCACGUGACGCGAAAAACAUUUAGCAAUGUUAAAGUUAGCCUGUCAGUCCAGUGGACGGGUACACCCACCAACGAAUCAACAGGGACCCUAUACCCACCAGAGGUGUGGUCAGCUCAUCAGCUCUUUCCCGACGAAAACAAUGCAUCACUCUUCCUGGGAGCGCUGGACACCAUCUUCCUCUUCUCGUACGCUGUGGGAUUGUACAUCAGUGGCUACCUUGGGGACAGGUUUAACCUGCGUCUGGUGCUGACUCUAGGAAUGUGCUCUUCCGCUAUUGUGGUCCUGGUGUUCGGCUCUGUGACUGAGUGGCUGGGUUUCUACAGCAUGCCGUUCUAUGCUGUGAUGUGGGCCGUCAACGGCUUGCUGCAGUCCACGGGAUGGCCUUGUGUUGUUGCCAUCAUGGGCAACUGGUUUGGCAAAGACAGUCGUGGGCUAGUGUUUGGGCUGUGGAGCGCCUGUGCUUCUGUGGGGAACAUCCUCGGAGCUCUGCUCGUCUCUGGCGUGCUCCGGUUUGGCUAUGAGUAUGCAUUCCUCGUCACUGCGUGUUGCCUGUUUGCCUCUGGAAUUGUCGUCUUCUUUGGGCUGGUCAGCUCUCCGCUGGAGGUCGGAUUACCUGCUCCGGAUUGUGCCGAGGAUGGAGCCGGCGAAUCGGUGAACUGUGCCGAGGCCGUUGAGCAGACUACGCUGCUUGGUGACCCCGUGAGCCCACCUCCGGCAUUGGGCUUCUUCCAGGCUGUGUGUCUGCCUGGUGUGGCGUUGUACUCUCUGGCAUAUGCCUGCCUCAAGCUGGUGAACUACUCCUUCUUCUUCUGGCUUCCCUUCUACUUGUCGGGACAUUUCGGCUGGAGUGAGGCGGACGCAGACCGGAUGUCCAUCUGGUAUGACGUGGGAGGAAUAAUCGGUGGAGCGGCGGGGGGAUUGGUUUCUGACCGUUUGGGCAAGCGAGCGCCCAUCAUCACCCUCAUGCUCAUCCUCGCCACGGGCUCGCUGGUCGGAUACAAAUAUUCUCCGAACAAUAAAUCAGUGAAUGGCUUCUUAAUGGGCGUUACAGGAUUUUUCGUGGGAGGGCCAGCAAAUCUGAUCAGCUCGGCCGUUUCGGCAGACCUAGGCCGGCAGGGGCCCGUUCAGGGAAACCAGGAGGCUCUGGCCACUGUGACGGGGAUUGUUGAUGGAACGGGCAGCCUGGGAGCCUCCGUGGGGCAGUUUUUGGUGGCUGUUAUAAAAAACAAACUUGGCUGGGGAUGGGUGUUUUAUCUCUUCAUUUUGAUGACGCUGCUCACCAUAGUCUGCCUGCUGCCCCUGGUCAUUCGUGAGGUCAGAGAGCUCGUCGCCUCCAGUCGCGUCAGAAGGACAACACAACAGCAGCAGCAGCAGCAGCGGCGGGACUGCUGAUGGACAGCAGCAGUGUGUGUAUGUGUCUCUUGACAGCAGCUGUCAACCUGCUGCGGCCAGGAGUCCCUCACGGCUACACACUUGGCCUCCUCUGCCCACGAGGCACCAGCGGAGAGACAACCUUGUGGGCAGGGGUCAAGUGUAGAGCUGAUCAUUGUCCUCAUGAACCGUGAUCAAUCCACUGCUGGAUGAAUGCCUCCCCAAGUCGUCGUCUUCCCCUGACGGUCCCGCGAUACAACAAUCCACUCGGCACCUGCACACGAGCCUGUCGCGUUGCUCCAUCUCCACGGUGGGUAUCCUUGUGGGUACGUCCCUUCCUUUGGCUGGUGCUCAGCAGUUAUUUUCGCCCACUGGUCAUCGUCUAUUCUAUCGACGUGUCCUGCCCAACUGCCAUGUUUCUUUUAUCUACAACGUAGAGAAGAUACACGUUACCAAAUGCCACCAUGCCACAGUAGGCGCUGCCUUGAAGUGCGAGUAGCCCAGCCCGUAUCUUAACGUUCCGCUGCUUGUUUGCUUCAACGUGAAGUCAUCCCAUUGGUACACAAAACGUUUUACAAAUGAAUGGGAAUAUAUGAAUGCAUUGAUGUUAUGCACAUCUUAUUGUGCAGUAUUGAAUAACACUCAGGAUUAGGGAGGUGUUUAAAUCCCAGAUUGAUGAUAUAAACACAAUGCAUGUGGGUUUUGUCAUCACGGAUUUGACCAUUCGCGCCUAAAUUAUUGAGGUAUGGUUCGCCAGUUGCGUCCCUCUGGCUUUGCCAUCCACGGUUGACCACGAGUUUCCUGGAUGGAUUGUAAACAAGUACUCUUAACUGCAUUGCUCAAGAAUACACAUGCCAUCUUCAGCUCCCAUGCAGCCGAUUGCGUGUUCCAGUUCACGUGUUCCCAGGAUCCAGUGAGGCAGUUGUGAUCAGGUUUUUACGUUUACGGUAUUGUGCUGUAUGCUACGUUAAUUGUUAUUCUGUUAAUAUACUGUACAAGUGUUUUUUUUUAUCACAUUAGAAAAUAUGAAUAAUAUUUUACGUAAAGAAUGCUUCGUGUUUCACGUUUGGAUUAAUGUAGAGCCACAAAACAAAAGGAGGGGGUGGGUGUCAUUACAAACUCUGAACCAAAACAUCUUUUUCCCACAUGCCUUUGAGUUUGCGGAUUGUGGAUUUACAGAUUUGCGGCGAUUUUCCAGAACGUAACUCCUGCGAUGGGCAACAUUUUGGUGUAUUUACAUUACCUGUCACGAUGUUACGUAUAAUACUGUACAGUAUUUUUCAAUUCGCCUUAUUGUAAGUUUUCUCACUUGAAGUACAAUACUUGAAACACAGUGAUUGUUUUGAAUACAUCACGCGUGCAAUCGUGACUCCUAGUGAGCAUCGUCACAAUGGUAUCGUGAUGAUAUAAUGGCUAUUGCUCAUAGCGAAGUUUACGAAUGCUGGAGGUUUGUUUUGUUCUGAAGCGGCAGUGUAAUUCAUGAGCUUGCACUUUAAACAUUUAUUCAGCUAUUUUUUUUCGUGUUCUGUGCAUUGGAAUUACGAUUAUCAUUCUUUUGAUCAGAAAUUAUUUUGAAACACUGUAUCUUUUACCAGACUCGCAUCUUGGUGAUAGUUUAUCUCGCAUGCAUUUUUUGUGUUGUGAAAACGGUGCAGGUGUUUCCAUUACGAACUUAUGGGGGAAACUGCCAAAGCGCGGUGGGUUUUAACCGUUGCGGACAGGCGUAGUUCUAUCCUGCUGUGUGAUCUGUCACUGCAUUUUUGGCUUUAAAUAUAGAGUACUGCGUUGAUACAUCCAACACCUUAAACUGCACAUGAAGGUUCACUGCCGCUGCUGUGGGGAAUUUGUAAACUGCAUCGUAUUGCUCUUUCAUGGGACGGCUGAACCCGCCCGCGGCAAAACCUUUCAGUUUAACCAUGUUGAGAUGUAUUCUUGGUUCUUUCGGUAAAGUUACGUAGAAGGGAAAUAAUAAAAUAAUCGAAACGUCGUGAGAAUUGUAUUGUAGUUUAUUUUUAUUAUUUUAUUAUUUCCCUUCUACGUGACUUUACCAAAAGAACCAAGAAUAUGAAUCCCUGCAGUCACGAAAGCUUUAAAUCGAAAUUCAUGUUGAGAUGGUUUAAAGGAAAAUUCCACCAAUAAAAUAAAUAUCUAUUAUCGUGUAGAUACAGUACAAUGAUUUGGAAUUGAUAUGUGGAUGGGGCCACAAUGAUUUGACCUUAUUUGUUUCGUUCAGACCCCCCACCACCCACCCAAUGCAGCCAAACAAAUGAUUCACGUGUGCAAGCGAUUAAUUUGCGCCAAUGACCUAUUUCAGCUCGUGGGUAAGUUGAAGAAGUCUUGCAGCCAAAUGUAGCCAUUAUACAUGAACAUACUUCAGCUAGGUGUGUCGUGCUGUCCAAUAUGAGGUUUGAAUAUUCAUGAAUUGUAGUUGCCUUUAUUUAGCAGGGAGGUGAAACGUACGCCUGUUGAGACACAUGAUUCAUGCAAGGGUGACCUUGGUUACAUGAAUUCAUUUAGAAUACAACAGUAUUUUAAAUCCAGACGUUAACUAUUUAAUGCAAAUUCAUUAGCAGUUAAGAAGGUGAAUUGCACAAAAAAAAUGUAUGUACAAGAUAUUUUUUUUCUGAGUUAUCUUCACUGCAGUGCCAUCCAUAGUACACGAUUUGGUUAGUACAUUUCAGUGAUAUCAUUGGAUAUCAUUAGAUAUCACUGCAGGUUACUUAACAUGUAUUCUCAUUCACAAAGCUUCAGUCAUGUGAGACUGGCUGAUGAUAUACACAGCUUUGGUGUGUAGCUAUGAUAUAGCUGAUGUUUUAUUGCAUCUUCCUUUAAACCUGUCACAUCAAUAGAAAUACGUAUUCGUCACCAGAAUCAUUUGGUUAGUAGAAAUGAACGGUAAGUGAUUGCAUAUUGCUGGUCUGCAGUUUACUGUAUUGGCUCAAAAAUUGAAUUGAGUGAGCAUACAUCGUGUUUGUGGAUAUUUGAUAUUGUCUGGCCAUUUUUAAAAUAGCAAACGUAAUUAUUUCAGUGGAUGCAUUACUGUGGAUGCAUACUGUACGCACCAAUAAUACUAGGGGCCAUACAUACGGGUUAUAUUUAAGGCAAAUUAUUGAUUUUACAGGUCGAAUUCAGGAUAAAAAAAUAUCAAAACAGGAAAAAAAAUAUAUAGGAAUGUCAUUUAGAGUGUUUUAAACAAUGUAUGUUUAAAUUUUGAUUUAAAGCUUUUGUGACUGCAGGGAUUCAUUAUUCUUGGUUCUUACGGUAAAGUCACGUAGAAGGGAAACAAUAAAAUAAUAAAAAUAUAAAACAAUAUUCUGUAUAAUUGGCCACCCCCCCCAAAAAAUAAGAUCGUGCUCGAAUGUUAUUGGUGGGGAAAACCUACGUGUUAAAAUAUAUGCAUUUGAAUGGAAUUUUAAGACAAUAUCCUGGAUAUGCAUUUGUUCUAUAGAGAAUUAACAGGUAAGAUAUCCUUGGAUGUUUUGUUCAGCCACAGAGUUUUAUUAAUGACUGUUAUGAAGUGAGUACUGUAAAUAGCAAUAGAUUCACGAGGUAUGCAUGUUGAACUUUUUUUCCCACCGUACACAGUCAAACCGUGCGAAUCGAAUGUGCGGUGGAAGGACAAAGAACUAAACACAAAAAGCAGUUCUAAACAAAUAAUUUGUUCAACCUCGAUUUAAAAGUGCAUAGCUCAAGUGGCUUCGUAUAAUGUUCUAAAUAUGUAUAAAAAGUCGGGUUCUUUCAAUGCACAUUGUUACAAUGCACACCAAUGAAAGUUGAGUUUUUCAUGGACUCAAGUAUCAUACCCAUGUAUGUGCUGUAUCAUGUUGAAAGGUAAAACCUCAUCAAAACAUACGGUUAUGAUUAAUAGCAAGUCGCAAUGGGUGUGUUUUUUUAUAUUUUAUAAGUACUAUACUCUAGGAAUACGUGCUUUACGUUCUUGUGCCUACUUGUCAUUAACGCUGAACACCAGUUUCUACAUGUCGCCCAUCGAUUCAUCGAUGGAUACAUGAUUACACUAAAUUUUGAUUUAAAGCUUUCGUGACGGCAGGGAUUCAUAUUCUUGGUUCUUUCGGUAAAGUCGCGUAGAAGGGAAACUAUAUUUUUAUUAUUUUAUUGUUUCCCUUCUACGUGACUUUACCGAAAGAACCAAGACUAUGAUUACACUAGUGAUACAAUUGUGUGUGCGAUACAUCAAUUACAGUAUUUUCUAAUCGUAUGUGAUCACUUCACGUUACCCCUGCAAUCACGAGAGAGUCUGAUUAUUACCACAGUGAUUAAAUAAUAAUUUAUUCUUAAAUCGUCACCCCAAAUUGUGACAGUUCGUUCACUCGUGAGAGGCAAAUCGUAACGUGCCCACUAAAUAUUGAACGUAACAGAACAUUACACCUGUGUGUAUUUUUAGACAUUCAGGUUGAUACAUGUACAAAAAAGACCCUUGAACUAAGAUGUUGCCCAAACCUUCGAAACAGGGCCUUCCUGAAUGUCAGUCUUGAAGCUCAAAUCGGGCAUUUGUGGGUGAAUAAAGUAUCGUUAUUGUAUUCCUGUUGGGUUAGUUCACGUACGAUUUGGGAAGUUUGCAAGCCAUUAUUACGUACAAGCAGCCACUGCAAGGUAUAGCUUGACUAACAUGCAAAAUAUGGUACUGUUGAGUGGUAAUUGUUGAACACUGGAGCAGAUUUUCCCUAAGAAAAAAAAAGAUCCACAAAACCCGUGUUAGCCGUGGGUCUUCACAGUGCCACUUCCUGUAGGGUGCGUCCAUGUAAAACUGGGGGGGAACUUGGCCGACGUGACUGCACAAAUGCCCUCCUCCACACGGCAUACUUGAUUUACAAGUUUGUGUUUUUUUAAGGACAGUGGUUCUGUACCAGCAUUCGCCGCAGCUCUGCGUUUGCCAACCUAUUUUUGAGAACCAGGUUCUAAAUGUGCGUUUGCGCUUAAUGAUGCGUGAUUUAUCUAGACAUUUUCACGGACGAGCAGAUUGUACGUUUCAUUUGUGCCAUAGGAAUAUGUAACUAGUGUCAAUUAUGCUUUGACACAUUUGCAGUGAUUAACGUACUUUGAACUCUGUGACCCAUUUCGAUUUCCGGCCAUGACCAACAGUAUCAAGUGAUAUCAGAACCGGUUUUACCCUUCCCAUCCCUGCAGCAGCCUGUUCUGACAAGCGUGGUGAAGUACGGUAAACAAUAAACCUAUGACCAACAUUGUGAGGUGAGGCCUUCAACCAUUGGUUGAUUGAGAAUGGCUCGAACUUAUUUUACUUUGUCAAUAUGUGGAUAUACUCUUCAAUAGAUUGUAAUAGGACACAUGUACACUAUCAUAAUGUGCUGUGUAGGAGGUAAGAACACUGCUGCGGUCCUGUUUGUAUUAUCAUGUGCUAUAUAGCUCGCCAAUGUGUUAUCGGAGAGGCAAUAAAAACAUUGGCUUUCAUGUGCCCAUUCUGUGUUAAGGGCCGGCCAUACAGAAAUGCUUUUGUUCGAAAUAAUAACUUGAUAAAGAUGAGACUGAAUAUCGUAAUUUACAUCGUGUGGUGGUUGUGAUAGGAAUUAGUAAAAAAGUGUUAAUGAA